AGGGAUGACUUCCGUUUUCCCGGAAUUGCCCCGCCUAUUUUCUUCCUUCUCCUUCCUUGGGAUUGGCUGGCUGGUGCUCGGGCCCCUCCUUCUCGCGACGCCCCUGGCGGCCACUUUUCCCGCCUCCUCCAGGGCCACGCAGCGGAGCCCGGUGACAGUUGAGGAUGGCCGGAGCCGAGAGUCCCACCGGGUGCCAGGCGGAGCUGGAGCCCGUGGUGUCGCUGGUGGACGUGCUCGAGGAAGACGAGGAGCUGGAGAAUGAGGCGUGCGCCGUCUUGGGCGGCAGCGACUCCGAGAAGUGCUCCUACUCGCAGGGCUCAGUGAAGAGACAAGCGCUGUAUGCCUGUAGCACCUGCACGCCAGAGGGAGAAGAGCCAGCAGGCAUCUGUCUGGCUUGCAGUUACGAGUGUCAUGGAAGUCAUAAACUAUUUGAACUGUACACAAAAAGAAAUUUUCGUUGUGAUUGUGGAAACAGCAAGUUUAAAAAUUUGGAAUGCAAAUUAUUUCCUGACAAAUCAAAGGUAAAUUCUUGCAAUAAGUACAAUGACAACUUUUUUGGCUUAUACUGCAUUUGUAAGAGACCUUAUCCUGAUCCUGAAGAUGAGGUUCCAGAUGAGAUGAUACAGUGUGUGGUCUGUGAAGACUGGUUCCAUGGCAGGCAUCUUGGUGCCAUUCCCCCUGAGAGUGGGGAUUUCCAGGAGAUGGUGUGCCAGUCUUGUAUGAGGCGCUGUUCUUUUUUGUGGGCUUAUGCUGCCCAGUUGGCAGUCACCAGAUUACCUGCUGAAGAUGAUGGGCUGCUGCUGAAUGCUGCUGGGAUGGGAGAUCAAGAUGUUAUCAAGCCUGCAAAUGGAGCUCACCAAGAUAAGACCCUGAAAGAGGAUGUUCCGGAACAGGGAAGGGAUGCUGACAAGGAGGUGAAAGCUGAGCGGGAUGACGAGCCCUGCACCAGCUCCAGCUCUCAGGCUCACCUCCAGACAGUAUUUAAGAAUGAAAAUAUCAAAACCGAGCCUCAGUCUGGCUGCAGACUUCAGGAACUCCAAGCCAAGCAGUUUCUAAAGAAAGAUGCUGCCACCUAUUGGCCCUUGAACUGGCGCAGCCGACUAUGCACCUGCCAAGACUGUAUGAAAAUGUAUGGAGACCUAGACGUCCUGUUCCUGACAGAUGAAUGUGACACAGUUCUGGCUUACGAGAACAAAGGCAAGAGUGACCAGGCAACUGACAGAAGGGACCCUUUAAUGGACACCCUCAGCAGCAUGAACAGAGUCCAGCAAGUGGAGCUCAUCUGUGAAUACAAUGACUUGAAGACUGAACUUAAGGAUUAUCUGAAGAGGUUUGCUGAUGAAGGCACGGUUGUUAAGAGAGAAGACAUUCAGCAGUUCUUUGAAGAGUUUCAAUCAAAAAAGAGAAGGCGAGUGGACGGGCUGCAGUAUUACUGCAGCUAGAGCGGAGGGCUAUGCUUCCUCAGUCAGCUUCACGGAAAUGCCACUGUUCCGGAAUAAAGAGACCUGUGUCACACUUGGUUCCCUUUCCAUCCUCCCGUGGCCUCAGGCCCCCUUCUCCUUAACAGUAGCUGUAGUGUUUACGCUGGCCUCUCAACAAGCAUCCUCUAUGACUCAGCUCAUUCCACCGUCUGCAGCUUUCCUGUCCAGGAUACCCAGGAGUUUUGCUUAUGUUUUAAGAAGUUUGAUUUGAUCUUGAGAAAGCAAAUUAGCUUCUUUUUUAGCAGUGUGUUCCAUGACUUCCAAAUGUGUGUCCAUAGAGCUAUUGCUUCUGGGUCCUCUGUGUCUUGCAGGUUCUCUUCCUGUCAGCCUGAACCUCUGUGGGAACAACCCUCUCUGCCCCCAUGAUCACGGUGCCUUGGGUCAAAGCUUCCUCAAGCCUGCUCUGCCAGUGCUCUCAGUGCUUUCUGAGAUUUGAUCAUGGCUUGAAGUGAUGGGAACUUUCCUCUGUACCAAACAACCUUCAGAGUGGCCAGGACUGAUCUGAUUGGAGGUUGACUCGGCAGGAUUGAGGAAGCGAGCCUUUGUUCUGAGUUUCGCUGAUUAGUUUAAAGUGAAAUUUCAUUACCAUUCUAAUGGUCCUCAAACCCCAGUGUUAGUACUGUAAUGCUCCCAGGGCUUCCGGGAAACCACUCAUGUGAGAGCCCCUCUGCUGCUGCCUAGAAAUGACUAGAUCCUACCCCUGACAAGUGGGUGCUUUACAGAGUCCUCUGGUUUCUUACAUUAUCAGGGAUAUGCAUACGCAUAUAUUAAAAAUGGACCUAUUUUGAUACUGUUCUGUUAGGAAAAUGUUAUUGGAACCCUAGUAAGUUAUUUUUUCCCUUGAAUCUGUGCUAAAGGCAAAGAAGUAUACUGAGUGACCUUAGUGGUAAGUGGGGGAGAGGCAGCCCUUCAAGAGAGACGGAGGACUCCAGCCAAAGCCUCAGUUAUAUACACAUUGAGUCUUUGUAUGCAAACAGUGUGCCCAGCCACUCCCCUUCUGGCUGGUCUGAAGGUCUUCCUGGAUUGUAUAAAACCCUGUGUUUGAGGGAAGUCUUUCAGAUGGUAUGAAGUCUUUUUAAAGUUCCCUCAGUCUAUGUGGAAACAUCUUUUGAUCCACAAAGACCUAACUUGUACCCUCAAGAGGAACAAGGUCUUCCCUAGCACACUGAGAUACAUUAAAGACAUUUUAGGCCACGCGUUGGUGUGUGAGCAGCAGUUGUAUGCAUGAAUACUCUUCAAUUCCUGGACAAGAUGAAGUAGUCUACAAAUAAGGCCUCAGGAAAUGGCAUGGCUCCUGUACUGUGUAAAGCCUGCAGCCUUCUAGUGACAGAUCCUGUGAAGACUGCUACGUGGAGCUGGAAGGUUCUUCAGGCUGCAGGCAAAGCCUGUGUGCACUGAGCUGGCCUCCUGGAUAGGGCUCAGUUAAAAACCUCCGGUGCCUACAGCCUAGGGAUCCUCCAAGUCUGAGGUUGUUUUGAAUUUGAGAGUUGCACUUUUCACGUUACCAGCAUGUUGUCCUCAAAAUUUGUAUCUUCCCAGAUGUCAGAUUAACUACCAAAAAGUUGUCUGCCCUUUAUAGGUCAGCACCAAGGUGUAGCAGUAGUGUCAGUGAGCAGCAAAAAUGCAAACCGCCAUUGUUGAAGGGCUUGCCUAAGAAAGGUUCCCCACUUAACCAGAAAACCUCUUUUUGUACCUGUUCACAACUAGUUUUCUUAACUAUUCUCAUAGAGAUGGUUUGGGCCAACAUGUGGCAGUUGAUAUUAAUGCAUGUUUUAUGCAGAAGAAAAUGUGAUACCAGUUGCUUUUAAGGAAUUCUGGCAUUGUAUGUACAUUUUUGUAGAAAUUAUUACUCAACAUACUUCAAUCAGGUUUCUGUAAAAUCCAAAUUAAAUCAAUUCAAAAUA